CUUUCUCGGACAUAAACGGUGCUACUGUCCAUGCUUAAAGGGUCCAACUUUUCUAUUUACCUGCGAGGAGGAACUUAAACUCAGGUUUAAGCCAAACCUGACCUGCAAAAACUCAAGCUUUCUGAGACUGAGCUGCAACAUUAACUUGCCGAUAAGUUCCCAGAGAGACGAAGCUGCGUGUGUCAAAUGGCGUCCACGAAUGAUCCGUUUCAGUUUCAAGAAUUUGAAGAAGCUGGCAAUCUGUUAGAAGCCAACAAAGAUGCAGUCACCAUAAGCAUCGAAGAUGAUUUCAAACCUGAGAAGCAGAGGAAAGCUGCUGGUUUCGCUCCCGACGGGGAAGACGAGGAUCCACUUGCCGGUGAUGACAAGACAGAGCUUCUCUCCGGGCAAAAGAAAAGUGUCCCUUUCUGGACGUUUGAGUACUACCAGAAAUUCUUUGACAUCGAGACACAUCACGUGAAGGAAAGAAUCAUUGGAUCAAUGGUGCCAUGGCCUGGAAAGAACUUCAUUCAUGUCUACCUACGAAGAAACCCUGAUCUUUAUGGACCAUUCUGGAUUUGCACCACUCUCGUGUUUGCCAUUGCCAUCAGUGGAAACAUAUCCAACUUUUUGGUGCACUUAGGCAAACCAAACUAUAAGUACACCCCAGAGUUUCGAAAAGUGACCAUAGCUGCGACAGCGAUCUUCAGCUACGCUUGGUUUGUGCCUCUUGCCCUCUGGGGUUUCCUGCUAUGGAGAAACAACAAGGUCAUGAACUUAGUGUCAUAUUCCUUUAUGGAGAUCGUCUGUGUUUAUGGAUACUCCCUCUCCAUUUACAUUCCAGCGGUGUUCCUAUGGAUCCUUCCAUAUGAAUGGCUGAGGUGGUGCUCCAUCGUGCUGGCUCUCUGCCUCUCCGGCACGGUUCUGGUGAUGACUUUCUGGCCCGCGGUACGCGACGAUCACCCUAAAGUCAUCGUAGCGAUCAUGUCGGCCAUCGUUGUGCUCAACGUUCUGCUCGCUGUUGGUUGUAAGGCCUAUUUUUUUAGCAAACCAGAACCAGCACUACCAGUUGAAAACUCUGCUAUAACAGCGGCGAUCAAGGCGACCGCAUCGACAUGAAAGCCUUUCAUUGUCUGAAGGUUCUCCUGUUGCCUUAAUAGAGAGAAUCGGGUUGCUGUGUUGAUGAAGUCAUGGGUCGUCUGGAUUUCACCUGCACCUUGGACAUUCUGGCAGAAGACCUUAAAAACCCAGUGUGUGUACAGGGGUGGUUCAACUGCACGACCUCUGGAAAUGAACACUGGUACCAAGUAUGUUAUUUCUAAUGGGAUGGGUUCUAAACUUCCUAAAAGAUAAAUGGGGUAUGGUGUUACACAGCACAUAAGAUCUCUUUUAAUACACUAUUUUUUUGCUUUAUAGUUCUUCUUUUGCAAUAUUUAGGUAAUCAGUCUGUGCAGUAAUGUUGUUGGCAUCGAAGGCAUUUUGUAUAUGCACUUUUUAUAUUCCCGUUAACAGGAACUGAGUAGUAUACUUUGUGUAUAGGAUUCUCCGUGUAAAGAGCACAACAAUUAUAGGUGUUGGUGAGAUAUUCAAGGGGUUGGACUUAUUACGUACAAACAGAGUUGUUGUAUUUUCCUCCAACUGAUAAUUACCGUAAGUGCCCUCAACCAAUGCCAAAGACCAAUUCUAAAUAUUCCAAGAGAUUUACAACUUGUGGAACUACUUUUUUUAAUAUAAUUUGUUUGUAUUGUGACAAUGCAUUUGAUUAAAAUGUCUGAAUAUGUCCAUACUCGAUGAAUGUUUUAUGAGGAAGAUAAAAUAAAACAUGGGCUUUGUGGGACCCAACUUUUAUGAAUGAAACCAUAAUUGUUAUGACAAUGAUUUAAUAUGCAGUCAACUGAGAUUAUUUGCAAACUGUCUUUGCACAUGUUAAAGAAAGAAGAUGGACCGGAAGUGAUGAAACCGCUCGCCUACCUUUUGUUAGGUAACAAAAUCCACCUACCAGCACCUUUUUAAGUCCGUUAUAUCUUUGUUUGUUCGGAAACCAAUGUGGGCUAUUUCUGUGCCGGGGGCAGUGACUUCUUCUCGAAUCUCAAGGAUGCCUGGUCACCGGACAAGCUCAAACAGAUUAGACAAAUGAGAUGCGGUGUGUUAAUUAGCCAGGUUUAGAGGUGUGAGCAGGUGGAUUUUAUUACCUUUUUAACAGAGCCAGGAUAGUUUUUUUUUUUUCCAGUCUUUCUGCUAAGCUAAGCCAACGGGCUGGGAGUGGUGUCCAACAUCUCAUCUAACUCCCAGCAAGAAAACAAAUAAUCCUAUUUCUUUUAAUAACAUAAAAUCUAAAGCCAAUUUCAAAUAUUCCCGCACUAAAUUGUAUCACUGCAGUGUUUGUCCAUGUAGUUUCAGAAUAAUAAGCAUCUGGAUUCAAUGUUUGUCAUCUGUAAAAACUGUCUUUGUUAAUAAAAUGUCCAGUGACGGCAUCAUAAAUGA